AUGCAGUUGGAUAUUGUUGCCAUUGUGGGUAUGCCUGGGCUUGGGAAGACAACAUUAGCCAGUAAAGUUUACAGUGAUCAUUUGGUAUUGUUCCACUUCCACAUUCAUGCUUGGUGUUAUGUCUCUCACGGAUAUAGCAAGCGUAGUUUGUUAGUUAAGAUAUUGUGUUGUUUUGACGGUGGGAACUCCAUCCAGUGGGAUUUGUUGAAACACUCCUUGCCAGAUGAUUGCAAUGGAAGCAGGCUACUCACCAGCAGAAUUCAGAAUUUAUCUUUGCAAAUUAAACCUAAUAGCAAACCUCACCACCUUCGCUGGCUCACUAAUAAAAGAGAGUUUGGAAUUGCUGCAGAAGAAGCUAUUUGCCAAAGAAGGUUGUCCUCCAACAUUAAGUGA